UCACGACAUUGUAUAAUAUUCCACUAAUUCCAACGUAACAAUGAGGUGAAAUAAAUGAUGUUAAGAUGAAUAACGAGGUUUAUUUUUGGGGUUUGUGAAGAGUGAGGUGAGUGUGAGAGGAGCGCGAGCCGCCAGCUGGAGGGAGAGAGACAGUCGAUCUUUCUGCGACCUUUGGGGAGAAAAGUCCGCCCAUCCCGCCCCAGCACGCCGCCCACCACCCCACACACCCACCCCAGGCAGGCAGCAGGCUGAGGCACCCACACCCGGGCACAGGCGGCGCAGGGGGAGGAAACAAGGCGUGGAGGGGACAGUGGUGGUGGUGUGUGUUGUGUGUUGAGUGUUGCGUGUGUUGCGUGUGUUGGUGAGUGGUGUUGUCUUCACCACGGCGACCCCCUAGACACACUGGCCUCCUGGCAGGACCCGCACGCCGGUGGACGCUCUCCGCCGCCCAGGAAAAGACGGAAAGUUGCCCCAGAACACCUGACUGCUGCUGCCACCACCACCACCACCGCUACUACCACACUCACCACCACCAUCACCACCAUGCAGCAGCAGCACCACCACCACGCAGUCACCACACCAGCGUCCAAUGGCCAGCAGAACGGCAGCACCCCCGCGGAGGCAGAGGGGGAGGCAGCGCAGGCCCAGAACGGAGUGACGGAGGAGGAGUGCGCCAGUUUGAAGCUUAACACAGUGCAGCAAGACAUGGUUCGCCUCAUCGGACAGCACCUGGUGGAGCUUGGCCUAAGAAAAAGUGCGGACCUGCUGAUGUCAGAAUCCGGGUGCCGCCUGGACCACCCCGCUGCAGCUCGGUUCCGCCACUGUGUCAUGGACGGGGAGUGGGCCAAGGCUGACGCGGCACUUAACGAACUGCGGACCAUGCUGGAUGAUGCCAACAGUCUGAAGGAGAUGCGAUUCUUGUUGCUGGAGCAGAAAUACCUUGAGCUGCUGGAGGGUGGGCAGGCCAUGGAGGCGUUGACCUGCCUUCGUUCCCAGGUCACCCCACUCCAGCACAAUAUGGAGAGGGUACACCAGCUCUCCAGCCUGAUGUUUAUGUCGAAUCCAGAGGACUUGAGGACUGCAGCAAGGUGGUCCGGGAAAGGCAAGGAGUCCCGGAAGCAGCUCAUGGAUAGAUUACAGCAUUUCCUUCCCCCUUCCAUUAUGCUGCCGCCACACAGACUGGAGACGCUAAUCCUUCAAGCAGUGGAGCAACAAAAAACACAGUGCGCAUACCACAACUCCUACACAGACAGCCAGGUAUUAGGGUCGGGCGGUUCGCUGUUGAUGGACCACUCAUGUCCCCGCAACGCCUUCCCCGGCACGACCAUCCAGGUGUUGUCGGACCACUGUGACGAGGUCUGGAUUGCUCGCUUCAGUCCUGACGGGUUCAAACUGGCCACCGGUUCAAAGGAUUCCACUGUCAUCAUAUGGGAGGUGGACCCGGAGACACUGACAGUCACUCGCCGCUUCACACUGGACGGACACUCUUAUGGGGUGGUGUACCUUGCCUGGAGCCCCGACAGCACCAAGCUCAUUGUCUGUCUGCAGGAGGAGGCCGCUGAGCUUAUGGUUUGGGACACAGAGAGAGGGGAACAGAUCUGCAAGGUGUCCAACUCUCCUGACGACUCACUCACCUGCGCUGCCUGGCAUAAGGACUCAAGAAGGUUCGUGUGUGGCGGAAUGCGUGGACAAUUUUACCAGUGCGACCUCAAUGGGCAGAUCCUGGACUCUUGGGAGGUCCGAGUGCAGUGUUUGGCCAUACAGAACGACGGAAAGACAGUGCUGGCCUCCGACACACACCAUCGCAUUAGAGGCUACCAUUUCGACGAGGUGCAGGACCACAAUAUCAUACAAGAAGAUCACAGCAUCAUGUCGUUCACUCUGGACCUCACUGGGAACUAUGCCCUUUUGAACGUAGCGAACCAGGGUGUGCAUCUUUGGGAUCUGCGGAACAGGACACUGGUUCGCAAGUUCCGCGGCCUCACUCAAGGUCAUUACACCAUCCACUCCUGCUUUGGGGGCGAGUACCAGAACUUCAUCGCGUCAGGGAGUGAAGACAACAAAGUGUACAUCUGGCACCACAAGAGAGAACUACCAGUUGUGACACUUUCUGGACACACCCGCACUGUUAACUGUGUCACCUGGAACCCUGUAUAUUCUUCCAUGAUCGCCUCUGUGUCCGAUGAUGCCACUGUGCGGGUGUGGGGUCCCGCGCCGCAGUACCGAGCCACCACCACCGCCACCAGAUCGCAAAAUGGAACCACCUCUACUUCUAAUGGGAGAGAGUCGGAAUCUCCACCACUUGCCUUUCUGAGCAACGGAGCGACUGUCUAGUGUUGACACAGACAGACAGACAGACAGUCAUGGCCCGCCACACGCCACACACAAUAUCUCGUCGCUAAGUCGCCGGUGCUGCCCCAGAAUAACACCCCAGUACCCCAGAACACCCCAGUACACCCCACCCCAGAACCCCCAAAGUACAGUGCCACAGGGGUAAACCAGUGCAGAGACAAUUUUAAUAAGACGUGUGUUUUGCCCGCAUUUGUUCACGUGUGUGGGGCAGGUGUGUGCGUGUGUGCGUGUGUGUGUGUGUGUCCCCUCAUGUGCUGGACUCGCUAACCUCUUUAAACCAUCUGGUGUUGUGUGUUUUUUUUUUUUUUUUUUUUUUUUUUUUUUUUAUUUUUAUUUUUAUUAUCAUUAUUUUUUAUUUUUUGGUGUUGAGUGUUGAAAAAGUCGCUCCGAGGCUCCCAGGAUGGUGUGUGUGUGUCGCUGGGAUCCUUCCUCAACACCACCACCUACACCACCACCUCCAGCCAGCCAUCACCCAACACCGCCACCCACAAGAUAAAAACUGCCGUGGUGUUGAGUUUGGGUGAAGUGGUGUUGUCUGGAUGAAAACUGCCCAUCACAUCACCAGGACAACUUCAGUACCUCACCCUGGCUGCUACAUCAACACCACAACACCACCCUGUCGAUGCAACACCCUGGAACACCCUGUCAACACCAACCUUUCAACACCACCUUGUCAACUUCAACUCUGGAACUUUAUUUUAGCUAAACUUCCACAAAAUUUUUCUAUUCUGGCCUCUGUUAUCAUCAAAACUUCUUUCAUUUGGCACCCUGUACCUUCAAAAUUUCUUGUAACACCCUGUAACUUCAUUAUCUUCCUGUAACUUCAUUAUCUUAUCUCAAACUUUUUAUUUUCACUUCAUAUUAGCUAAACUUCCUCAAAAUUUUCUUAUUCUGGCUUGUGUAUCAUCAAAACUUCUUUCAUUUGACAUCCUGCACUUCAAAAACUUCUUGUAACACCCUGUAACUUCAUUAUCAUAUCUCAAACUUCCUUAAUUUCAGCAUAUUAACUAAACUUCCUCAAAAUGUUCCUAUUCUGGCCUCUGUAUCAUCAAAACUUUAAUUUAAUACCCUGUACCUUCAAAACUUCUUGUAACACCCUGUAACUUCAUUAUCUUAUCUCAAACUUCCUUAUUUUCACUCCUUUCUCUCAUUCUUUAUCUUUUCUGUGACAUUACCAAGAGUUAUCAAGCUUAUCUUAACUCUAUUUUUUUUUACCCAUUAUCUUUGUCUCUACAUCUACAAAAACUUCAGUAUCUUUAUCUGGGCUACUACAUAACUUCAUCUCUUAACUGAACCUAACCUAACCCAACCUAACACAAUUUAAUACCUCAAUAUCUUAAAACAUGUCUACCUCUCAGUACUUCACCUCUUUCCUCCUCCUCCUCCUCUUCCUGUUCUUCCUGCUCCUCCUCCUCCUCCUCCUCCUCCUCCUCCUCCUCCUCCUCCUCCUCCUCCUCCUCCUCCUCCUCCUCCUCCUCCUCCUCUUCUUCCUCCUCUUCCUCUUCUUCAACCAGCCAGCCAGCCAGCAUCAACAACAACAACUGUAAAUAAAAAGUGUGUCUUCGUGUGUGUGAGUGAGUGUGUGUGUGGAGUUCCUCUGUCCACCUUAUCCACUCCACUGUGUGUCGAAAGUGGAGGGAAGUGGAGAGGGGUUUGCGUUUAUCAGUUCAAUUUGUACAUAUGUUCUGUUUUGUAACUUGUAAUGCAUUAUAAAACCAAGGAAAGAAGGAAGAAAGGAAGGAAGGAAGGAAGGAUGACUGGAUGACUGUCUGUGUGUCUGUGUGUGUGUGUGUUUUGUAGCUAUGUAUAGAUAUUUUGUAUUGUAUCAUGAAUUAACUAAAGGAAAGUGAUAUGAAUAAGGAGAACAGAAGAAAAGGAAGGAUAUAGACAUGGAAGUGACAGAUUAGAUUUGACUUGUAGAGAGAGAGAAAGAGAGAGAGAGAGAAUGUGUAAGGUCUCUCAAACUUGUAGAAACUUGGAUUAAACUGGACUUGUAGAGAGAGAGAGAGAUAGGGAGAGAAAGAGAGAGAGAGGGAGAAUGUGUAAGCUCUCUCUCAAACUUGUAGAAACUUGAUUAAACUGGGCUUGUAGAGAGAGAAAGGGAGAGAAAGAGAGAGAGGAGAAUGUGUAAGCUCUCUCUCAAACUUGUAGAAACUUGGAUUAAACUGGACUUGUAGAGAGAGAAAGAGAGAUAGGGAGAGAAAGAGAGAGAGGAGAAUGUGUAAGCUCUCUCUCAAACUUGUAGAAACUAGUGUGUGUGUGUGUGUGGAUUAAUUUUGAGGUUUAGAAUGUUUUAAUGGAGAAAGGAAAAAUAAUGUUGCAGUUUAGAAUUUUUGAUAUUUUGAGAGAAAAAAAUGAGAAAAAAAUGCCAGAAUAGAUUUUUGAGAUCAGUGAAGAGAAAAUGAACUUGAGAAAAAAUGCUGAGAACUUUUUGAGCUGUCAGAAGAGAAAAAAAGAGAGAAAUGAACUUGUGGAGAGAACACCACCACUCUUAUUAGAACUUUUCAGGGUAUGAGUGAAGAGAGAAAGAGAAAAUGAACUUGUAGAGAAAAAAUGCUGAGAACUUUUUAUUUUUAGCUGUCAGUGAAGAGAAAGAGUAAAAAAAAAAUGAACUUGGAGAGAGAACACUAAACUUUGAACUUUUUGAGGUAUCAGUGAAGGGAGAAAGAGAAAAUGAACUUAUGGAGAAAAAAAGCCCAAGAACUUUUUACUUUUGAGAUAUCAGAAGAGAAAAGGAGAGAGAAAAAUGAACUUGAGAGAGCAAAUGUAGGGAAAAAAAAAAUGAUCUUGUGGAAAAAGAAAGACACUAAAUAUGGAACUUUUACCCUUUGAGAUGUCAGAGAGAGAGAGAAAAAUGAACUUGAGAGAGAACAACACUGAAGUUUGAUCUUUUUGAGGUAUCAGUGAAGGAAGAAAGAAAAAAAUGAACUUGUGGAUAGAAAAAAUCUUAAGAACUUGUAAUUUUGAGAUGUGAAUGAAUAGAGAGAAAAAAUGAACUUGGAGAGAGAACAACACUGAACUUUGAACUUUUUGAGGUAUCAGUGAAGGAAAAAAGAAAAAAAUGAACUUGUGGAGAGAAAAAAUCAUAAGAACUUGUAAUUUUAAGAUGUCAGUGGAGAAAGAGAGAGAGAGAGAGAGAGACUAAACUUAACACCUUUUUAAUGGCAGAUUUUGAGAUAAGAGUGAAGAGAAAGAGAGAGAAAAAAAUCAAAACAAAUAUUUUAAACUUGCAACAAAAACAGGAAUUGAAAAAUGAGGUGAUGAUGAUGAUGAUGGUGAUGAUAAAUUGAAAUAAUAAAUGCUGAAAUAAUGAUGACAGUUUAAAAUAAUGAUGAUGAUGAUGAUGACAACUUGAAAUAAUGAUGAUGAUGUUUACAAGGACUAAUAAUUUAUCUAUUUAUUUUAUUUAUAUUUUUGAAGGCCUUAGUAUGUUUGUUCGUUUGUUUGUGUGUGUUUUGUGUUUUGACAUUUGCGUUUUUGUGGAUUUAUGGAUGUUUUUUUUUUUGUGUGUUUUAUUUUGUUGGUAAAUUUUUUUGUGUGUUUGGAUGAAAAAAUGAUAAAAUGGAUGAGGUUUUUAAUGAAGGGAAGGAAAAUUAAAUGGCUUUGCAAAUUAGGAAAUAUAGAAAUUCUUUUAAAACUUGACUUAAAUAUAAAAAGAAGAAAAAACUGAUAAGGAAAAGAGAAAAAAGAAAUAUAUAAAAUGGCUGAGCUUUAUAAAGAAGGGAAGGAAAAUUAAAUGGCUUUGCAAAGUAGGAAACAUAGAAAUACUUUUAAAACUUGGCAAAAAAAUAUAAAGAGACGGAAAAGAACAUUUGAAAGAAAGGAGAGAAAAAAAAUAUAAAAUGGCAGGACUUUAUAAUGAAGGGAAGGAAAAUUAAAUGGCUUUGCAAAUUAAGAAACAUAGAAAUACUUUUAAAACUUGUCAGAAAAAUAAAAAAACUGAAAAAAAAAGUUUGAAAGAAAAGGAAAAGAAAAAAAAAUAUGAACUUUAUGACUAGAAAAUUUGUAGACAGAGAAAUACUUUUAAAACUUGACUGAAAUAUUAAAAAAAAGAAAAACAAGAUAAGAGGGAGAGAAAAAUGAAAAAAUGGCUGAGCUUUAUAUAAUGAAUGAAAGGAAAAUGAAAUGGCUUGUAAAUUAAGAAAGAUAGAAAUGCCUUUAAAAACUUGACAAAAAUAUAAAAAAAGAAGAAAAGAUAAGAGGGAGAGAGAAAAAUAAAAAAAUGGAUGAACUUUAUUAUGAAGGAAGGGAAAAGUAGAUAAAUAGAAAAAAAUAAGGAAAAAUAAGAAAAUACAUCAAAAUACUUUUAAAAACACAACAAAAAUAUAAAAAAAGAAGAAAAAGAACAUGGUGAGAGAGAGAGAGAGAGAGAGAAGGAAAAUUUGGAAGACUGACGUACAAAACAGGAAAAUCUAUUUGUUUUUUGAGGGAAAAGAAGAAAAGAAAAGAAAAAGAUGAAUGGAAGUUAUAAUGAGAGAGAGA